CACGGGAUUACGCAAGCAUGGACGGGCAGACGGGCAUGAACAACCUCGUCUUCGUCGGCGGGUCCCUCGCGCUGCUCUUCUGUCUCUGGUACGCAUCCAGCUACUGCUUCAAGGCGGACGCGGCUGGCCGCGCGACGCACGACGGCUACGUCGACCAAGGGGUGCUCGAGUUCAUGCCGACGCUUAAGCGUGGCGACAUUGAAGAGAUGCUCCACGAGACCGAGCGCUGGGAGUGCACGGUCUGCGCCUUCCACAACGUCGUCGUCCGCACCACGUGCAGCCUCUGUGGCACCAAGAAAGACUGCAAGUUUGUCGAGGAGAGCCAAGAGAUCGACUACGCCAACGCGACGACCGUGUACAUGGACGGCGAGGCCAACACGGUCUCGGCCGAGCGCCAGCGCCGCGCCAACCACAGCGCUUUGAGCGCGCAGACUACGCUCCUCGCACGUCAAAACAGUCUGAGCAAGCUCACGUCGUCGUACUACGUCAAGCAAAUGUCGUCCUACUUUUUCAAUAUCGUGCUGCCCGAAGAUCUCAACGCGCGCCAGCGCAGUGCGCGGAUGCGCAAGGAGUGGUCGCGCGGCCUCGACACGAACGGACUGCCCUACUGGAAGCGCCACUGCCUCGACGCCCGCCACGUCCCUGCUGCGUUCCUCAUUCAGCUCGGUGGCACCAUGAAGCACCGGUCAUCGCCACCACCCUCGGACGCGGGCAAGGUCCCGUUCAAGUCGCUGCCGACACUCCAAGAAGAGAUCGACCUCCUUGAAGAUGCGACGUCGCAACAGCUGCACCGCGUCUCGAUCCUCGACGACCUUGAAUUGGGCAACAUUGUGCGCGAGAUCGGUCUCGUGCCGUUGGAGCUAGUGGACGCCACGCAGACCGUGAUGGGCUCGUCGCUCUCGCCGAGCACGUGGGGCACGCUCACGUACCUUGCGAAGCGGUCGUUUAGCGUCAAGUACGCGUGGUUCCUCCACCAAGUCGCCGACCUCCUCAUUCCAUACACGACCGGGUAUUUGAAAAUGCGGACCAAGCGCGAGCAUCUCUUGACCGAAGCCAUGGAGAAUCUGUUGAGUCUCCAAGACCAAGCGCUCUGCUCGAUCAUCCGCGUCGAGUUUGACAACGACGUGGGCAUUGACGCCGGUGCAGUCUUGCGCGAGUGGUAUGUGCUCGUCUCGGACGCGCUCCUGGCGCCGACGUCGGGCCUCUUUGUGCUCUCGAACCGCGACGACAACUCGUACAUCCUCAACCCCAACUCGGAGUUUGCUGUCGGGCAGUACAACAUGGACCACUUGGCCGCGUUUGAAGCCAUCGGACGCUUCCUUGGCCGCGCCAUUCUCGACGGGCAAAUGCUCAAGCUGCCCUUCUGCCCCGUGGUCUUUAAGGCGAUGCUUGGGGUGCCCGUCUCGAUGGACGACGUUGAGAGCCUCGAUCGUACGCUCUACAAGAGUUUGCGCUACCUCCUCGAGAACGACAACGCCGACGACCUGGCGCUGACCUUUUCCGUCUCGGAGCUCCGCGGCGAGAAGGUCGUUGAAAUCGACUUGAUCGAAGAUGGCCAAGACAUCCCUGUCACGGACGCCAACAAGCACGACUACGUCGACACGCUGGUGCGCUACCUGCUCUUUGAACGCAUUGCGCCACAGCUGCACGCGCUCCUGCGUGGCCUCUACGCCAUCGUGCCGCCCGAGCUGUUGAUUCCGUUCGACCACAAGGAGUUGGAGCUCCUCAUGACGGGGCUGGCCGAAAUUGACGUCGCCGACUGGGAAGCCAACACGGAAACGUCGUCCAACCUCGACGGCUCCCGCGUCCUCGUGUGGUUUUGGGAGGUGGUAAGAGACAUGUCGGACGACGACCAAGCCAAGCUACUCCAGUUCUGCACCGGCUCAUCGCGCGUGCCUGUCCAAGGCUUCAAAGGCUUGACGAGCUACGAUGGACGCAUUUGUAACUUCACACUCAAGGGCAUGCCGUACCGGUCGGGCAUGUACCCGGUCGCGCACGCAUGCUUCAACCGCCUCGACCUGCCACUGUACCCCAUGAAGGAGCUGCUGCAGGACGCGUUGGCGAUGCUGCUGCUCUCGGACCCGACCGGCUUCAACAUCCAGUAGACCCUUCUCUAUUUUAUUUGUCAUUUAUUGGAAUUUCGGGUAUUUUAUUGUGGACCCUACCCGCGAUCUGCGAAGCUCAA